AUGACCGAACAGGUCCAACAGACAGACUCUGAAUGGGCAAGUUCACCAAAAGAACAGAGACAGGCCCACAGAGGGAGAAAAGGGGUGGUGUUGCCUGAGGACAAAGUUUUUGUAGAGGAGGUUGAGGAGGUUGAAGAACAGCCUAGAGUCAUACAUGACCAGAUUUUGACAAACUCACAGUUAGCCGCAUUGUUUGAUGAGCUAGAUGCAGAAGAGGAACGGGAGAGGUUGGAGGCUAGAGCAGCUAGGGAACCCCCUAAAGAGUCAGAGAAACAAACCUCAACCCCAAACCAAACAGAGGUUCAGGUUCAGGUUUUGAGAGACGCAUUUCCUGAGCCAGAUGAGGUUGAGGCUUUGGGACCGGAAGAUCCAGGCCCAGAUGUGGACGAUGGGGAUGUCUUUCAAGACUCAUCGGACAGAUUUUUGAGUCCAGAACCAGAGCGUUUUAAUGUGAACUGUCACAGUAAUACCCCAAAAAAACUAACUGAAUGGGAUUUGGUCGUGGACAAAAAGUAUCUGAUCAUUGGGGACUCUAACUUGCAAAGCAUACCACAUUAUUUUAACAAAAAUCUGCAGAUUGACAGUUUUCCAGAGAGCCAUUUUCGCCAUGCACAGGUCCUUAUGGACAAAAGAGCACCUCAACAAGAUGAUGUGGUGGUUGAAAAAGUAGUUCUGGCAUUUGGAAUCAAUGGUAGACAAAACAAAAGUGAUACAACAGUUAAAAGUGUGCAAGGAGCUAUCCGAUCUACCAAGAGGAGGUUUCCUUAUGCACAAGUGUGGGUCCCUUUGAUCAACUUUUCAUCAGCCCUCCCCAGGGAUGAAAAGGAAAACUUAGAGAGUCUUAAUGGCCAUAUUAAAAAGAAUAUGUGUUUUAUUCCCCCGUUGCCAGAAGAAAAGUUUGAAACAACGGUGGACGAUAUUCAUUGGACAUCAGAGACUGGGGCAGCCAUGUUUGACCACUGGACGGCCUUUUUAAACUUAAGCGCCCCUUAA